AUGAUUAUUCUUGAAGGGCUUCUUAAACAUCCAGAGAACAGAGAAUGCGCUGACUGCAAAACAAAAGGUCCAAGAUGGGCUAGUGUUAAUUUAGGUAUCUUUAUCUGCAUGCAAUGUUCUGGGAUUCACAGGAGUCUUGGGGUACACAUAUCAAAGGUUCGAUCUGCUACUCUGGACACAUGGCUCCCAGAGCAGGUUGCAUUUAUCCAAUCGAUGGGAAAUGAGAAAGCAAAUAGUUACUGGGAAGCUGAGCUACCCCCAAACUAUGAUAGAGUUGGAAUUGAGAAUUUCAUACGUGCAAAGUAUGAAGAGAAGAGAUGGGUGUCUAGAGGUGAAAAGGCUAGAUCACCCCCAAGGGUUGAGCAGGAACGCCGGAGAUCUGUGGAGAGAAGUGGGGCUGGAUAUGAGCAUGGGCACAGUAGUAGUCCUGUAAAUUUGUUUGAAGAGAAGAAAACUAUCCAAGCACCUAGAACAAGAAAUAGUAUUUCUGCAACGAGGAUAAGUCUUCCCGUGCCUCCCCAAGGACCUGAUCAGGUUAUAAAGCAACAGCAGAAAAUAGAAUCUGCAGCUGCUCCUGUGGAGACGACGAAACCAGCAGUAAAUGUUGCACCAGCAUCAGAUCCUCCAAAGGUGGAUUUUGCUACUGACCUCUUCAACAUGCUAUCAAUGGAUGAGCCGACUGCAAAUACCUCAGAGGCAGCUCCAGCUGAUGAUAACUCAUGGGCUGGCUUUCAGUCGGCUGGAAGUGGUCAAACAGCAGAGAAAAGCGUCACAGCAAAGCCUGCUGAGAGCAGUUCUCCUCCAGCUACUGGGAUUGAGGAUUUGUUUAAAGACACACCUAUUUUAACAUCCCAACAAGCACAACAGAAAGAUGUGAAAGGCGAUAUCAUGAGCCUAUUUGAGAAGGUAAAUUCUCAAGUCAGCGGGAAUCCAAACGGCGUGAAUCAACAAGCUGUUGCUAAUGCUCUUAACUUAGCAUCUGCAAAUUGGUCAAACACUGGCUACCAGAUCCCUGGAAUGGCUAAUCAAGCAGGUGGUCAAGCUGAUCUCCAUAAACUUAUGCAAAACAUGAACAUGAACGCAAACAUGAACAUGAGACCCGCACAACCGCAAGAGAACACUUUACAAUAUCCAAUAUCCAGUUUCUACACGACGGGUCAAGUUAAUUCCGCGGCAAACGGUAUGACCCCAAACUCAACCGGUAAACCUCAGUCAUCAUCAACCGCUGCACAACCAACGAGUAACACACCAUCUUCUCAAUCAGGCAAAGAUUUUGACUUCUCUUCCUUGAUGGAUGGGAUGUUCACAAAACAUUGA